AUGGCCGAUCAGCCGCAAUCAUACAAGAUCUCUAUCUCUAAUGAUACUCUGAAAGACCUUCAGCAACGUCUAGCGCUUACCAAGUUUGCGACACAGUUGGAGUCCGCGGAACAGGAUGAGUGGAACCUCGGAACUCCGGUGAAGGAAUUGCAGCGACUUGUAUCAUACUGGAAGGAUGGGUUUGACUGGCGGAAGGCGGAAGCGAAGUUGAAUGAACUGCCACAAUACCGAACCCAGAUUGAGGUCGACGGAUUUGGCAGUUUGGAUAUCCACUAUGUCCAUCAAGUCAGCACAAACAAGAACGCGAUUCCAUUGUUAUUCAGCCAUGGAUGGCCUGGGUCAUUCAUCGAAGUCACAAAGCUUCUGCCGAUGCUAAAAGGCGAUGAAAAUAAUCCCGCAUUCCACGUUGUGGCUCCAUCACUGCCCAACUUUGGAUUUUCUUCGGGGAUCACUCGCCGCGGGUUUGGCCUUGUGCAGUACGCUGAAGUACUGAACAAACUUAUGACCAAGCUCGGCUAUGAUCAGUAUGUGACUCAAGGAGGCGAUUGGGGAUUUUGGAUCACUCGAACCAUCGGUCAAUUAUACCCCGAGCGCUGCCUAGCCUCUCAUAUCAACAUGGUUCUUGCCAAACCACCUCGAUUCGCCGAUAAUCCCUGGCUAGCCCUACAACAUGCAUUACUGCCGUACAGUGACCGUGAAAAGCAAGGCCGUAGACGGUCAGAAUGGUUCUUCGAUCAUGGCUUCGGAUACAACAAGCUCCAAAGCACCAAGCCGCAGACCAUCGGCGCAGCAUUGGAAGAUAGCCCCGUUGCACUACUCGCAUGGAUCUACGAAAAGCUCCACGACUGGACAGAUGCUUAUCCGUGGACUGACGACGAGAUCCUCACUUGGGUAUCCAUCUAUUGGUUUUCGGCCGCUGGGCCAGCAGCCAGCGUUCGCAUAUACUAUGAGUCCUUGAAUGGGGGAGCGAUUGACGGGAAAUCAUAUGAGUGUUUGGUAGGAUAUAUUCCGCAUGUCAAGCUUGGUAUUGCUCACCUGCCGCGUGAGAUUUCUAUCGUUCCUGGCUCCUGGGCGGCCGGUUUGGGUCCGGUGGUUCGACAACAUGAGCAUCCCAGUGGAGGGCAUUUUGCCGCUUGGGAAGUUGCCGAAGCUAUUGUCCAAGAUUUGCAGGCUAUGUUCAGCAAGAGUGGUCCUUGUUACCAGGUUGUUUCAGGUAAGAGUGGAUAUUAA